CGCUCCACGUGGUCCUGGAGAAUGUUCACCCUGCAGCGGGGACUGCAGACGACGUCCCUCGGCGCUCCGCAAGGCCCAGAGUGUAACCACCGGAUGGCCGAAGUGAUCCAACCAGGGAAGUGCACUAGGGUCCUGAAAGAGAACCAGAGCAUUCCCAAGGCACAGCCAGGAAUUAAGCUGGGUUCAAAGCUCAAGUGGAGAGCACAUCAACUUCAAAGGCAGAGGGAAUCGACGGUGCUCCCCAGCUUUGGGCUCUUCCUCUGCUUAAGAUGUGUACAAAGAUGGUCCAAGUCCUUUGGGGAUGUUUCCUCCUGUGGAAUGUCUACAUCUCAUCUGCUUGGACCACACACCCUGGAAUCAAGGCAAGGGCUACUCAGCGGGCUCUGGACUAUGGCGUUCAAGCUGGGAUGGAGAUGAUUGAGCAAAUGGCCAAAGAAAGAAGCAUUCCAGAUUUAAAAGGUUCUGAAUCUCUUGAAUUUCUGAAGGUUGAUUAUGUGAACUACAAUUUCUCAAACAUAAAAAUCAAUGCCUUUUCAUUUCCCAACACGUCAUUAGCCUUUGUGCCGGGGGUGGGAAUCAAGGCCCUGACCAACCACGGCACGGCCAACAUCAGCACAAACUGGGAAGUCAAGUCGCCACUUUUCCAAGACUCAGGAGGAGCUGAUCUGUUUCUCUCUGGGGUCUACUUCGCGGGUAUCCUUACCCUGACCCGAAAUGACUUGGGUCAACCAAACCUGGAGCUCCAAGACUGCCACGCCCAAGUGAGCCACGCCCACGUCUCAUUUUCUGGAGAACUCAGUGUCCUGUAUAACUCCUUCGCUGAGCCCAUGGAGAAACCCAUUUUAAAGAACUUAAAUGAAAUGCUCUGUCCCAUUAUCACGGGAGAGGUGGAAGCACUGAAUGCCAAUCUCAGCAUGCUGGAGGUUUUAACCAAGAUUGACAACUAUACCCUGCUGGAUUUUUCACUAAUGAGUUCUCCAGAAAUUACUGAGAACUACAUUGACCUGAACUUGAAGGGCGUAUUCUACCCACUGGAAAACCUCGCCGACCCCCCCUUCUCCCCAGUGCCUUUUGAGCUCCCAGAACGCAGCGACUCAAUGCUCUACAUUGGAAUCUCCGAAUGUUUCUUUAAAUCUGCUUCCUUCGCUCAUUUUGCAGCUGGGGCUUUCAAUGUCACUCUCUCCACAAAAGAGAUUUCCAGCCAUUUGGUUCGAAACUCUCAAGGCGUUGGCAACAUUCUCUCCCGGAUUGCGGAGAUCUACAUCUUGUCCCAGCCCUUCAUGGUUCGCAUCAUGGCCACGGAGCCUCCCGUGAUCAGUUUACUGCCAGGGAACUUCACCCUGGACAUCCCUGCUUCCAUCAUGUUACUCACCCAGUCUGAGAACUCCACCGCCGAGGCCAUCGUUUCCAUGGACUUUGUCGCUAGCACCAGUGUCGGCCUGGUUAUUCUGGGACAAAGACUGAUCUGCUCCCUGUCUCUGAACAGGUUCCGCCUCUCUUUGCCAGAGUCCAAUCGUGACAAUAUUGAGGUCUUGAGGUUUGAAAAUAUUUUGUCCUCCAUUCUCCACUUUGGCGUCCUCCCACUGGCCAACGCAAAAUUGCAGCAAGGAUUUCCUCUGCCCAGCCCACACAAAAUCUCAUUCGUCAAUUCAGACAUUGAAGUCCUUGAGCAUUUCCUUUUGAUUUCCACUGACCUGAAGUAUGAAACGCCCUUAAAACAGCAACCAAGUUUCUACGGUUGGGAAGGUCUGAAUCUCAUAAAUGGACAGUGGAGGGGGAAAUCAGUGCCCUGAUUGCUGGUUUGGAGUCCGCUCCAGGAAGUCAAUGGCCCUUAAUCCCACCAACUGUCAACCGAGAAGGAGAAAACAGUGCACGCUGGAGUCUUAAAGUUCCUGUGGAGUGCCUAGGCUGAAAGUUUUCCUUCUCAAGCCCUCUGCGACAGAGGGAGCAAACUGGGUUAAAGAGUUAAAUCAGGAUGUGUGUGUCUCUGUGUAUGUGUAGGGAUGAUCAGUUGAAUGUGUGUUCAUGUUUCAAUGCAUGUUGUGUGUUUCUGUGUUUAUAAGAUUCUGUGGCCAAGAGCUAGGCCUGUGCUUCUGAAGGGAUGUGUGAGAAACGCGUAAGGACAGAUUUGAAUUGGUGUUGUCAGUGGAGAUCCCUUCGGCCCUUUCAGCUCUCGAGGGUUCUCCCCCUCCCUGUAUGUUGGAUUUUGUGUUUUAUAUUUACUGCUACUGUCCCCUGUAUUUAAUUAAAAUUGUUUUCUAUCGA